AUGCUGGCCGUCUCGACGCGUCGGCUCCAGAAAGACCUGCAGAAGGCGCUGCGCAAGAAUUGCGGCGAGCGCGAGCUCCACACGCUGCAACAGCAAAUCGGCUCGACGCUCCAGCGCGUCCAGCGCAACCAGAACGUGUGGAAGCAUGCGACGCUCCGUGCGCACACGACCAACUCGACCGCCGCCGCGCGCCACCAGCUCAAGGACGCGCAGCCCAUGUCCUUUGGCGCGUGGCUCGCCCAGCGUAUUCCCAAGGGCUUCGAGCGCUUUUACCCCAAGGGUGCCAAGGGUCCGUCGGCCGGUGCGAAGCCGUCGUCUGGCGGCCCGAAGGAGGCACCAAAGGGCCCGUCGGGCAGCGGUGGUAGCGGCGGCGCGGGUGGCAAGAAGCCGCCGACUGGCGACAACAACGCGACCGACUCCCUCAAGUACACGAUCCUGAUCGCGCUCGCGCUCUUGCUCUUCCUCGAGGUCUCGUCGGGCGAACAUCUCAAGGAGAUGAACUGGCAAGAGUUCCGCAACCACUUUCUCGCGCAAGGCAAGGUCGACCACCUCGUGAUUGUCAACAAGAGCUACGCCAAGGUCUUCUUGCGCCCGAACGCAUCGAGCUCGUCCGCGCCGGCGAGCGGCAUGCAGCAGUCAUACGACCAUUCGUCGACCGACGACCACCACGCCGGCGAGCUGCCAUCGGGUGGCGCGUCCACGCCGCCGACCGCGCUGCCAGCGAGCUUCUACUUCAACAUUGGCAGCAUCGACAGCUUUGAGCGCCACAUGGAACAGACGCAGGCAUCGCUAGGCAUUGCGCCGGAAGAGUACAUCCCGAUCCAGUACGCCAACGAGAUGAACUGGAAGAUGGAGUUGCUCAAGAUGGCGCCGACGCUCCUCCUCAUCGGUUUCCUCAUGAUGUCGAUGCGCGGUAUCGGCGGCGCUGGUGGCGGUGGCGGCAUGGGUGGCAUCUUCAAGGUCGGCAAGUCGCCCGCCAAGAAGAUCACAAAGGAAGACAUCAAGAUCACGUUCAAGGACGUGGCCGGCGUCGACGAGGCGAAGAAGGAAAUCAUGGAAUUUUUUACGGACCUUGGCGCCAAGAUUCCCAAGGGCGCCUUGCUCGUCGGACCGCCGGGUACGGGUAAGACGAUGCUGGCCAAGGCGACAGCCGGCGAGGCCUCGGUGCCGUUCUACUCGAUCUCGGGUUCGGACUUUAUCGAGAUGUUUGUCGGUGUCGGCCCAUCCCGCGUCCGCGAUCUCUUCAAGGAAGCCCGUGCGAACGCGCCGUGCAUUGUCUUUAUCGAUGAGAUCGACGCCGUCGCCCGCGCCCGUAGCAACGGCAAGUUUGGCGGCGGCAACGACGAGCGUGAGAACACGCUCAACCAACUCCUCGUCGAGAUGGACGGCUUCAACUCGAGCGAGGGCGUCGUGGUCCUCGCUGGCACGAACCGCGUCGACAUUCUCGACAAGGCCAUUCUGCGACCGGGUCGGUUCGAUCGUCAAAUCACGGUCGACAAGCCCGACAUCAAGGGCCGCCGUGCGAUCUUUAGCGUCCAUCUGCAGUCGCUGCACCUCGACGGCACGGUCGAGGACUUUGCGCGGCGCAUGGCGGCGCUCACGCCUGGCUUCUCCGGCGCCGACAUUGCCAACAUUUGCAAUGAAGCGGCCAUCGUCGCCGCCCGCCGCAACGGCGACUCGAUCACUUUCAAGGACUUUGAGCAGGCGACGGACCGUGUCAUCGGCGGCCUCGAGACGAACCGCCUCAUGUCGCCCGAAGAGAAGAAGACGGUCGCGUACCACGAGGCGGGUCAUGCGGUCACGGGCUGGUUCCUCGAGCACGCAGACCCGCUCCUCAAGGUGACGAUCGUGCCUCGCGGCAAGGGCUCGCUCGGCUACGCGCAGUACCUCCCGAAGGAGGUGUCGCUCCACUCGAAGGAAGCGAUUGAAGACAUUAUGUGCAUGGCGCUGGGCGGUCGCGCGAGCGAGCACGUCAACUUUGACGGGCGCAUUACGACGGGCGCGUCCGACGAUCUUCGCCGCGUGACGCAGAUGGCGUACUCGAUGGUGCAGCUCUACGGUAUGAACGACCGGAUCGGGCAGCUCUCGUUCCCCAAGGACGACAAUGGCGGGUACCCGGACCGCAUGUACAGCGAGAAGACGGCCGAGGCGAUGGACGAAGAGGCCAAGAAGAUUGUCGACAAGAUGUACGCGCGCACGAUUUCGCUCUUGCAAGACAAGAAGGAGCUGCUGCACAAGCUCUCGGAAGAGCUCUUGGAGAACGAGACGAUCAACCACGGCGACAUUGUGCGCGUUCUGGGCCCGCGUCCGUUUGGCGGCAACAAGACGUACACGGAGUUUGUCGAAGAGUCGUGGGCCAACGCCGACUUGCACGAGAAGAACAAGCAGGCGGCCAUUGACGCCGAGAUCAAGGAAGUCAUCGACGCGCUCGACGUCGAAGGCGAUGACGCGCCGGCCAAGGACGCGUCGACGAAGGACGAGCCCAAGAAGACGGAAUAG